AGUCUAAUAUGAAAACGGAUAAUCGGUUAAAUUAGUGUAGGCGAAAGUGCAUCGUGUGAUUGCGUGUCUUCUAGGAUGCUCAAUCAAUGGUGCAACAACCAUCUCAAGCUCGUUCGGGUUGGCUCCUGUCAUGGUCGAUUUAUUAACGAGUAUAUGAUGACAUUAAGUUUGAGGGUUCUUAUUUCUCGAUUUUCCUUACGAUAUUGUUUUUAAAGCGACCCGUACAUUAUGUCGCACUUUUUAAACAUUUCGUAACUAAUCUAAGAUUAUCGUGUGAUUGUACAAAAUAAAAGGUAAAGAAUGGCCCGACCGAAGCAAAGAGUUACCACUGAUAUUUGUGCUGAUUGCGGAGCUCUCGAACCAGGAUGGGCUUCUUUGAACAGAGCCAUUUUAUUAUGCGAUGAUUGUUGUGGUAUACAUCGUAGUCUGGGCCGUCAUAUAUCCCACAUAAAGUCACUACAUAAGAGUAUAUGGCAUACAAAUUUACUUAAUAUGGUGCACACAUUAAAUGAUAACGGAGCUAACAGUAUUUGGGAACAUUCCCUUUUAGAUCCUAAUAAUUCAAAGAUUAGUAGAAGAAAACCGCAAGCUAAGGAUCCGUUGCAUCCAGUGAAGGCUGAUUUCAUUAAGGCAAAACAUCAACAUUUAGCAUUCGUAUUACGUCCGAGUAAAGAAGAAUGUUGUAGUAAAGAGGAGUUAAGUAGACAGUUACAUAGUAGUGUUCGUACAAGCAAUUUAGAAACUUCUUUAAGAUUGCUUGCACAAGGUGCUAAUCCAAAUUAUUUUUACAAGGAAAAGGGUACAACACCGUUGCAUGUAGCCGCUCGUGCAGGACAAGCUUUACAAGUAGAGCUUCUAAUUGUUAAUGGUGGCAACCCUAGUAUAAUUGAUUUCAAUGGGCAAACACCUGCAGAAAUUGCCAAGAUGGCAGGACAUAUAGAUUUAUCAGAGCGCAUAGUCGAAUGCAUGUACGAAGUAACAGAUAGACUGACAUAUUAUAUAUGUUCACGUAAACCAAAUCACUGUAUGGAUGAACAUAUAAUAAUUCCAGAAUGUUCAUUGCUUUUGGAACAAAAUGAUUUAAACUUAGAAGGAAGAAAUAAAUUACAGUUGUUACCAAACCACUUACUGGAAGAAUUAGCAAUGGACGUAUACGAUGAAGUCGAUCGCCGUGAAACCGAAGAAAUCUGGUUUGCUAUUGCACCUUUACCAGAAAGAUGUACAGUACCUUUUCUACCAGUGAAUCCGCAACUAUCGUCCACAAGAAAUCAAGGUAGACAAAAAUUAGCAAGAUUUACGCCAAAGGAAUUUGCUACACUUAUUAUAGAUCUGCUUAUCGAGGCUCGUAGAAGGCAUGUACUUUCGAAUAAUGCACCAGUGCAAGAUCCAGCAGUAUCUGUGCUUCGCAAAGAACAUCAAGGAAAGUAUGGAUCGCAAAUGUCCGACGACGAACCUUUAUACGAUAGCGUCGCGUCUGACGAUGAUUACGCGCUAACAUCAACGGGCAAUGCAGCGCCCGAGUAUUCAACGUCACAGUUCAAAAUGAAUAACGAGGAAGCUUUUGCACCAUUAGCCAAGGGUCUUCCAUCUGUCGUCGAAGUUUUGAAAAAACAAUUAACUUUAUCCGAAUCAACCGUCAGGGAUCUCCGAGAGAAAAUACAUGCUUUACAGAAUACCAUAGAAUUACUUACGCACGAGAAUAACGAAUUGAAGCAAACGAUUCACGCGAAAGAGGUAGCAGAUGGAGUUAUCAAUGGCCAUGUCGGUGGAGAGCAAGAACCAGAGUUGGAACCAGUACUCGACAUAAAGACGUCCCUUAAUAGAAAUAAUCAACGACCUGCUUCUAUGUAUGAGACAAGAGAAGGUUUGCGGAAACCUAGUUCGUGGUCAACAGCCAUUUGUCAGACAAAGAGAGAUCCCGAUUCGAUGUCUCGCAAUAACACGCAAAGUUUAUGGGAAUGCGGUGCUCCGAAUCUUCCUCCCAGCGAGGAAGUAACUCGAAGAACGGAACAGGUCACAAGAAGAAUUCAGGAAUUAUGGAUGGCUAUGCAAGAUCCGAAGCAGCGAGAAGCUUUCGUGCCCUGCGCGGAAAGAAUUCGCGUUGCGGUUGCUGAACUGACAGCUAUAUUUCCUCAAAAUCCCAUCGAGGAGAACAUUAGAUCUGCUCUGCGACAAUUAAACGGUAAUACAGGUAGACUUCAAGCGGAGUGCUCCGGUCUUCAAAGAUGCACCAGUGACGUUGAACACAUGGACCGUUGUCUGCAACAAGUACGUUCAUGUGCUUAUGACAUUGCCAAAGCAACGAAGCUUCUCGUUACCCAGUUUCAAACGUAACGAAUAAAAGUAUUAACAUUGAAAAUUUUUUAUACUCGCGGGAUAUGUAUAUAACUUGUACAGAGACACGUAACAUUGUAAUACUCAGACUCAUCACACGCAUUGUAUAAGUACUCUCGUAUUACAUCGCGUAAAAGCCUUUUGUUACAUGAUAGAUUUUCUCUUUUCAUUUCAAUGUAAAUAACGAGUAAAUUCUAACGCAUCGACAUCCGUAUAACCUUGCUAAGAAAUAUUGAAACAUGACAUUCUUCAAGAUUCAAUACAUAUAUUACGUAACUUUUAACAUUUUAUAAAGACUGAAUAGCCACGAACCAAUGAAUCUUAUUAAUAUGCAAUUUAAGUUUGUGUAUUUGGUUUUAUAAAUGUAACCGUUGCUUAUAUAAGCUGGCAUGCAUGCGAUAAGGAUUUUAAGCGUGGCAUUAAUUAGCUGCACUCAUGCAAUCAAAAUAUUUUGUGCAAUACGAAACGAGGAUAAUUAAUUUUAAUAAAUUGUUUAAUAAAAUAAUAUAAAAAUCAUCUACAUUUCAAAAUCAAUAAUAAGAUUUACCUCAAACCACGCAAUUGUUCAUGAAAAUGGAUUAUAUACGACGAAAAGUUCGGUAAUUGGAUAAUUUUGUAAAAAAAUUAUUUUCAAAAGUAGUCCAGCUUAUAUGGAAGCAUGAUAAAUGAGUGAGACGUUUGUCGCCAGUAAAAAGAGUAUUUCUCUUUUUUUUCUUUUUAAUUAUUGUGGCUACAUGCCGAUCACAUUAGUUCAUAAUCAUAAUAAUUGUGGUUUAUAAGUUAAGUUUUAUUGUUGUAAUGUUGAAGUUAGGAAUAUAUGUUUAACUAUAUAAUAAAGUUUAAAUAUCGCUCCAUUGUUGACACAGAUUACGCUGAUAAACUUAUUUACAAUAUAUUCUAUGAAAAGUUCCAUAAUCAAGCCUAAAUUCGUAUGUCUCCAACAAUAAUUUCAAAUCCAUACGAAACGUAACGUUGUUGUUCUAUGGCUGUCGCAUCGAAAGUUUCGAUGGGAAUAAUUCGAUAUAGAUAUGAUUGUACAUGCACAUGUACUCGUAUAUAUAUGUAUAUAUAUAUUUAUACAAUAAACGGAUUUGUUUUAACAAGCAAAAUCGUUGCGUACAAUUACGCAGUUGGUCGUAAUUUAUACACCGCUCGAAAGUCGCGAUGAACGUGUAUUUCCAUAUUUUCUAAUGCAAUCAAUAUAAAUAAUUUUAGAGAUACGGCCGAGUUCAAGUUACCUGUGAAGCGUCAUCCGUGGUGUUACUCACGAGACGCGUGUUGUCGGAAAAUUGUUCGCGAUU